AAAUAGAGGGAUUGCUAGCAAUCCACGUCAUAAUUUUUUUCUCUGUUCCUAAUCCAAACGUUCAAAGGGUGGCUUCACAUGUGUUAUAUAACAACCUGUCUCUCUAACUAAAUCAAUCAAUCAACCCCCCCCCCCAACCAACUACCUACCCCCGCAACAUACCCCAAAAAUUUCCCAAUUAUCUCCGGUUGUUCAGUUUCUAAAUCGCCGAUCGAACUCAGAAUUGCCUUUUAGCUUCAAUUUUAUUCACAUUAUUAAUUUAAAUUUACCUUACAUAUGUUUCUUGUAAUUCUAAUAUCUGUAGAUUAUGUUAAAAAUUAGUGUAUUUUUGUUUAAUUCCUUUUUUUUUUAUUUGCUAAUCCAUGAUGUAAUCCAUGUAAAUUAGUUUGCAUUUUAGGAUUGAUUUCUGAUUUAGAGAUGAAGAGUUCUCGUAGAUCAUGUUUAGAAUCAUCAGGUAUAAAGAAGCCCAAAUUAACCGGAGAUGGAGCGAAUUUCAUCGCACAACGGGCCGGGAAUUCGGGCUCGGGCCCGGUUGACUCGAGAUUUCGGGCUAUUGACAGUUGGGAAGACGAGGAGGGGCAACAGCAGGAGGAGCUUAUUAGUGAAUACAAGAGAGGUUUAGCUGAGCUUACGAUUAAUUCGAAGCCGAUAAUUACGAACUUGACUAUUAUUGCUGGUGAGAAUUUGCGCGAUGCGAAGGCGAUUGCUGGUGUUAUCUGCGGGAACAUUCUUGAGAUUCCUAGUGAGCAAAAGCUGCCAUCUCUCUAUCUUUUGGAUAGUAUUGUGAAGAACAUCGGGAGGGAUUAUAUUAAGUAUUUUGCUGCCAGGCUGCCUGAGGUUUUCUGCAAGGCCUAUAGACAGGUUGAACCUUCGAUACACUCUGGGAUGCAGCGUCUUUUUGUAACCUGGAGAAAAGUAUUCCCUCCUCAGCAACUUCAAUUAAUUGAGAAGGAGCUUGGAUUUACAACUGGCGUCAAUGGCUCUUCGUCAGGAACACGUAGAGAUGAUCCAAAGGCUCAACAGACUGCACACAGUAUUCAUGUAAAUCCCAAGUAUUUGGAGGCAAGGCAGUGCCUACAGCAACCAACCAGAGCAAAAGGAUCAGCUGAUGACAUCAGCCCUGGGGACAUACAGAAGCCGGAGAGAGCAGCAAGUGUAGGUUCUGGAAGAUCUUGGGUUGAUAUUUCUACUAAGCGUGUGCAGAAAGAGCAGGUGAAUGAGCGAAUAUGCGAGAAAACUACUAGUGCAGCAUAUGGAGAUCCUGAAUAUGUUUCUGAUUUGUCAAGGGCUUCUGGCUUUGGAUUAAGAUCAACAAGUGAAAAGUUUAAGGAAGAGGGAUUUAAUAAAUCUUGGUACAAUUCUGCGAAUGGUAAAAUAUUAAGUCAAAGUAACGGCUUGGACCUUAAGCAUGGAGUCCAAAGUCUAUCCCAGAGAACUGCAAACUCUGAUGCAUAUCCACAACCGACACACUCCUUUGCCAAUCGAAGUAGUACUUUGAUGGAUCGGAGCUGGCAGAGUUCUGAUGAAGAGGAGUAUAUGUGGGAUGAUGUCAAUAGUGCAGGUAAAGAUGAACGGGCAUCAGAAGAUUCAUAUAAACCUGGCUUAGAUAAUCAACAUCCGAGACCCCAAAGCAUAUUUGGGUUAAGGGCUGAAAGUGAAACCUCGGCUGACUCUCUUUCCAGAGAAGACAAAGGCCAAGCAUCUUCCGAAAAUCACUCAUCGGCAUGGUCAGAUGAAGCAAGGCAUUUGGCUUCUGUUCGAAGUACUCUAGAUCAUCAAAGAGGUUAUCUAACCUCUUUCAGUGGGUUUUCAACAGCGACAAACUCCAUAGAUGGGAAAUCUUUCCAGUCACAGAAAGGUUCAAGUCACGUGGGGACACCAAGUUGUGGAGUUGCUAAGACUGCAAAUGGAUCCAGGGGAGCCAUAAUGCAAAUGCGAGAAACUCAGGGAGCUGCCCCUCCAUCUUUAGAGUCAGCGGUGCGUCAGCUUCCUUCAUCUCCAUCAGUCUCGACUAGCAAUUUUAAUCAAGUAGUUAACAGUCACACUAGAGACUAUCAGACACAGACUGAAUCUCAUGCAGAUCCAAGAAUAUCUCAGUUUUCAAGAAGGUCAAAGUUAGAUCCCCGUAAUCAAGUCUCCCAGGAGACUCUGCCAGUGACAUCUCAGGGUGCUCAUUUGGUUGGUUCACAGAUAUCACAGACUCCAAGAUAUAAUCCAUCUUCCUUGAUGACAUCUCUUCAAGAAGAGCAUCAUGUCCCCUUUCCUCAAAAUAUCCAGCAAGAAAGCCCUGAGUCUGAAUCCUCAGGACAAACAAGUAUGAGUAGUUUGUUGGCUGCUGUUAUGAAGAGUGGAGUACUUGGUAGUAGCUCUAGUGUCGGCACACCACUGAAUUCUCGUGAUAAGGGGCCUCUGUCAUCCCAAGCCGGUGCACAGCCACCUUCUGUUGCAAUUGUACAAUCUGAAAGAAAUGCUUCAAAUCCCCCAAAGUAUUCCCAGAGAAAUGGAGAACAAUCGCGACUGCCACCUGGUCCUGCUCCAGAUGUGGUAGGUAGUUGUAGUUCAUCAUUGCAGGUUCCAAAUGUGUUAAAUUCUGCUUCUAAUCCUGUUGCAACACUUUUGAGUUCAUUGGUGGAAAAGGGAUUGAUAUCUGCAUCAAAGGAGGAGUCCCCAACUUCAACUCCUCCGCAGACACCUCCACAAACUCGGUCCCAGACUCCUCCUCCUGCAAGCAUCAGUUCAGCUCCUGGUGUAUCUGCUCCAGUUUCCGCAUCCACUUUCUCAUCUCCGAACAAUGAGCUGUCUCUCUCUAGAUCCGCUGCUAAAAUCCCUGAUGCCUUACCUCAGUCCAUCAAAGUAGUGAGAGAAAUUACAUUUAAACCAGGUGUAAUUCGGGAGUCCAAUCCUGGUGUCAUCAGCGAACUUCUUGAUGACGUUCCACAUCAAUGUGGCAUAUGUGGUCUUCGACUUAAACUCCCAGUGCAACUUGAUAGACACUUGGAAUGGCAUGCAUUAAGGAAUCCAGAUGGGAAACUGUUGCUUAGUUCAAGGAGGUGGUAUUUAAAUUCUGGGGAAUGGGUUACUGGAACUAGUAGCCUCCCACAGUGUGGUAUGUUGGCAGGACCAACUGGACGUUCUAGCAAACUAUCAGAAUGCACCGAGGUUAUGGUUCCUGCUGAUGAAGAUCAGUGUCUAUGUUUCUUGUGUGGUCAUUUUUUUGAAGAUUCUUAUGAUGAAGAGAGUAACAAGUGGAUGUUCAAAGGAGCUGUUUACAUGAAUAAUUCAUCGAAUGAAAGCGGUACCCAGAAUCCUAUAGUCCACAAGAACUGUAUAUCAGAAAGUUCUCUAAAUUUGAUAAGCAGGGAUGAUAUAAAACUGGAGCUGGAAGCCUGAUUUCUUGAUUUGGAUUAAAAGGAAUCACCCUGGGGUAAUGUUAAUUCAAGGUAUCCAUGUUCAGUAUAAUUUUACUUAUACUGCUUAUGCAUCUUCCUUGUUUAUAAGCGUCUUUUAGGCUUUCCUUUAAGUGAUAAUGAGAUGACAAUCUUACAUUUUUGGCAUCAUGUUAUCCAAUUUCGGUUGAAUCCUUUGUAUCUUACAACCCUGAGCAACAUGGCAGAGGUAGAAGCUCAGAUGCGAUUCGGCUGAACCCAUUAGCCUUUGCUCAAACAGUGUAUGUGUUAGGAAAUUCAUAGAAUAUGUACGCGUUAAAUUUAGAACCCAGUUAUUAGUACUUGAAGUUAUCGUUUCUAAAGUUCAGAACCCAUAAAGCUGAAAUCACCGCUUUGCCUCUGCUGAGCAGCAACUGUCGCUAUUGAACUAAAAUCGAGCUGCAUUCCAUUCGAACUACAACAUCAGAGUAUGCCUGAAGCAAGCUACUGUAUCACCUUCUCUACGCGCUAUGGAUUUAAGGUCAAGUAAAGCAUCACAUCUUGUCACUGAUUAGAGUCCGCAAAAUAGUUGGAAUUCUUCUCUUUAUUUGGGGUUUUCGGGCAAUGAUGGUGUAUUAUGUGUUUUUUGGAUAUGGGAUGAAAGCUUAGUUAAAUUUGGAAUGCGCUCUCGUUGUAAGUUCUUGCUUGAUGCUCUUCAAGCCGAUGGUCUAAUUAUGGAUCCAAAUAUAGCAAAAUCAAUAUAGAUGAUUAUUCAUAUAUGAAUCUUAUCAUCUGUUUCUAUCUGUAGUUUCUUGCAUUUAGUUGCAACUGAGUUGUAGUUGACUGAUUAUUGAUAUUCAGUUAUGAAUUCUUAUUAUCUGUUAUGAUCCAAUGUUUCUUGUA